AUGGACACCACACCCAACAGCGACGUCACACCGAAUCCCAUGGUACCCGAACCUGUCGUCGCUACUCUCAAGCUACCGGAGUUUUGGCAGUCGGACUCAGAACUCUGGUUUCUGAGCGUCGAGCCUCUCUUCCGACGACAUCGACUAACAUCGCAAACAGCAAGGUACGGCUACGUCAUCGGAGCUUUACCACCUGCUGUCAUCGCCAUCGUAAGGGACAUUCUGCGCUCUCCGCCUCCUGACACACUCUACGACACUCUUAAAACAGAGCUUAUACGCCGGACAACCGAGUCGGAACAGCGUAGGCUGCAGCAGCUACUCACCGCGGAGGAGCUCGGUGACCGAAAGCCCACGGAGCUUCUGCGUCGCAUGCGGCAUCUGAUUGGGGACCGGUCUGCUGCAUUGGACGCAUACAUUCUACGCGAGCUCUUCCUACAGCGACUGCCACACCAGGUGCGGAUGAUCUUGAGCGUGUCCUCAACAGAAACCCUCGACUCACUGGCACAAAUGGCCGACAAAAUUAUGGAUGUCGGCACCCCGGCCAUAUCUGGAAUCGAGAGACAACGUGACUCUUCCCCCUUUGCGCCGGUCCGCGACGACCGCUUGGACCGUCUCCUUCAAGCUAACGAGGAGCUCAACUGCAAAGUGGACCAGCUGGCCGCUGAACUCAGCUCGCUCAAAGCAGACCACCGAGGCAGUGCGUCACGACAGCGACACCAAAGCCGCGACAGAUCACCAAGUCUGCCUCGAAGCGUCUGCUGGUACCACCGCCGAUACGGAGCACGCGCUCGUCAGUGCAAUCAGCCAUGCCAGUUUGCGGGAAACGCACGGGCCACGCACUGA